AUGGAGCUUGAGAGUGCGCUCAAGGCGGACGCGCUGGCAGCCUUCGCUCGGUCGAUCGAGGGAGCUCUUGGCCCUGCCACCCCGUCCCGUGGCAAGGUGAUACUCGCAGUGGAUGCGUCGCAGCUGGCCAUCUUCGAACUGCUGGCUUACGGCUCGGGAGGCAGCGAGUUCUACGAUAAACUUGGGAUUUCUCGCCUGCUAAGCGUGCAGCUUCACACGGGCGACACGAUCCAGCUACAGCGCCAACUAGACAUUUCCAAGGACCCACAGGCCAAUCAGGAGCAGGGAAAAAGGACACUGGACGUGGCCGUGGUGGCCCCGCCAUUGCCCACAGUCGCCAAGCGCCUGGCCGAUGCGCUUCGUCCCCUGGAGCUCGUGGCCACUCGACGUUGUGCCGUGCUGUGGCUACCCACGGCCACAUCUGACGUGACCUUAGAGAUGGAACGUCAGGGUGUUGCGGGCUUUAUCCGCCAAGUCAACUUGGGUCUUGGCCUCAUCCCCGUAGACCGCGGAGUCGCGGCCCUGUGCCACGACAGUGUCUUCGGCGAGCUCUACGUGAAAGGUGAUAGCCGGGCCUUGACAGACGUAGUCAAGAGUGUGUUGGCCGUGGAGAAACAUACAGGACGCCGGAUUUUGGACGUCACCUGCCACGGGUUCUUCGCUCAACGGGUCAAGAAGAUGCUGGAACUGGCCCAUCGACAGCAGCAGAAGAUCAAGAUGAAUCGGACGGCCGGCAUAAGGGAAGAAGAGGCCGAUGUGGCCACGGCCAUGGACAAGUUGGUGGUGAUCGACAGGAUGGAAGACCCGCUGUCGAUGCUUCUGACGCCUAUGACGUAUGAAGGGCUGCUGGAUGCGCUAGUGGGGGUCAACCACGGCGUCGUGACGUACGAGAAGGAUGAUGACGACACAGAAGAGGCACCGACUGAUACAAACAGCUCUAAAGCCGAGUCGACGACGCAGAAAGUGGUGCUGAACCACCUGGACGCGCUGUUCGACGAGAUCCGGGACGUCAACUUUAACUUAGUAUCAAAUCAACUAGUGGCCGUAGCCAAAGACUUGGCUACUGAGGUCCGUGGCAGCUCGGCCGGGUCUACGGCCGGCUUGCCUAAGGACAGUCAGGCUGAGUUCCAGAAAGUCAAGGCCUUGUUGGCCAAAGCUCCGCAUUUGGUCAAGAAGAAGCGGUCGCUGGCUCAUCAUUUGCAGCUUGUUCAACGGAUUCGAGAGCUGAGCACACAACUGGCUCUACGUGGCUGUGUGGAGACGGAAAUGACCAUCAUGAGUGCUGGUCCGCGUGCCUCUUCCACUGCAGCUAAAGACGUGGACAGUUUCUUAGAGGAAGCCAUCUUACGCGAACCUCCUCUGAAUCUCUACGACGUGGUCAAGUUGCUCUGUCUCUGCUCACUUGUUCGUGGCGGCCUUAAGCCAGACAACCUCGCGUGGUAUCGUCAGCAACUCUGUCAUACCUACGGCCAUCAGAUCUUACCGUUGCUUGUACAAUUGGAGAAGAUGGACUUGCUGAGUGUGGAGAACCGCUUCGACUUUCCUAAAAUGCGCAAACAGCUUCUACUAAUGCGUGGCGCACUGGACGACGAGGACACGAGACAUUCCACAGAUAUCCACUUUAUGUUCCCGUACACAGGAUACGCGCCGAUGAAGCUCACAGCUUUCCGCUUUUUAAACCAGAAGCAGAGCGAGUUCACGUUCUUUAUCGCCGCCACGUCCGUCUGUAACGGUAGUCGACUUCUACGUGCCAUCUAUUGA